AUGCAUCUGCCUCCAAGACUGGGUACCCCUGACCAGGAGAGAGACCAGCCCACAGACUCUGCAGAAGGGGCUGAGGUCUGGCAUGCUGCCCUUCAGAAUUCCCGCCUGGCCGGGUCCUCAAAGGCUCUGGUCAACCUCACGUGGGGUCCAGAGUUCCUCCUCCUUGGCCUGAUGGAUGACACAGUCGCCCACCCGGUGUUGUUCCUGUUCUUCCUCAGCAUCUAUCUGCUCAAUGCCCUGGGCAACCUGAGCAUGGUGGUACUGGUGAGGUCUGAUGGGGCUCUGAGCUCCCCUAUGUAUUACUUCUUGGGUCACCUGAGCCUCGUUGAUGCCUGCUUUACCACGGUCACGGUCCCCGGACUGCUGGCCAGCCUGCUGCACCCUGGCCGGGCCAUAUCCUUCCAAGCAUGCUUUGUCCAGAUGUACUUCUUUGUGGCUCUGGGCAUCACAGAGAGCUACCUCCUGGCUGCCAUGUCCUACGACCGCGCGGUGGCGGUCUGCCGGCCACUGCACUACACCGCGGUCAUGACACCCCGACGCAGUGUGGCGCUGGUGGGUGCGUCCUGGGCGGUGGCCCACCUGCACUCACUGCUCCACACACUGCUCAUCUCCGCGCUCUCCUACCCUCGCUUCGCCCCCAUGCGCCACUUUUUUUGUGACAUGACGGUGAUGCUGAGCUUGGCGACCUCGGACACGUCCGCUGCAGAGACUGCCAUCUUCUCCGAGGGCCUGGCGGUGGUGCUGACCCCGCUACUUCUCGUGUCCCUCUCCUACGCGCACAUCCUCCUAGCGGUGCUCAGAGUGCGGUCUGCAGGAGGCCGGCGCCGCGCCUUCUCCACUUGCGGGGCCCACCUGGUGGUGGUGUCGCUUUUCUUUGGUUCUGUCCUCUCAGUAUAUUUCCGACCAUCAUCCGCCUACUCAGCGCGCUAUGACCGCCUGGCCAGCGUGGUGUAUGCGGUGGUCACACCGACCUUGAACCCCUUCAUCUACAGCCUUCGAAACAAAGAGGUCAAAGGUGCUCUAACACGGGGGCUCAGAUGCUGA